UCAACACCUCGCCGGAAUCAAAAGUGUUUUGUUGUGUAUAGAAUAUGGAACGGUGGCAUGGAAGAAUAGCUGUAGUGACAGGUGCAAGUUCGGGAAUUGGUGCACAAUGUGCAAUGGAUUUGGCCAAAGUUGGAAUGAUAGUUGUUGGUUUGGCUCGUCGGGAAGGACUUGUAGCAGACCUUCGAGAGGAAUUACCUGAAGAUGCCAAAUAUCGACUUCACACACUGAAAUGUGACGUAACGAAAGAGUGUGAUGUGAAUAAAGCUUUUUCUCGAAUAAAAGAAAAAUUCGGUGGCAUUGAUGUGCUUAUUAAUAAUGCGGGAAUAUUUCGUCAGACAAGUCUGGUAGCUGAUGAUAAUGUGGCGGAACUACAAGCAGUUUUGAUGACAAAUGUUAUGGGCAAGGUGCAUUGUACACGUGAGGCUUUCAAAAGUAUGAAGGAGAGGAACGUCGAUGGGCAUGUGGUGAAUAUGAACAGUACCUGGGGUCAUAAAGUCGUACGCACUGAAGGUCAUUCGUAUAAUAUGUACAGUCCGUCGAAACAUGCAAUUACCGCUUUGACAGAAGCAUAUCGUCAAGAGUUUUAUGACAAUAAUACAAAAAUCAAAAUAACGAGUUUGUCCCCCGGUUUUGUGGAUACAAAUAUAAAUCUGAGGAGAGUUUCUGAUUGUUCACCAUCGUUAAAAGUAAAAGAUGUUUCAAAUGCUAUUAUGUACAUAUUAUCAACUCCUGUUGGUGUUGAGAUUACGGAACUAAGUAUGAAAGCAACGAGUGACAAUUCAUAUUUGUAAGACUAAGAAUUUUUUUUUAAUUUAGUUUUAAGCCUAGUCAUUAUACACAUCGAUUUGAAGUGUAUUAAAAUAAAAAUAAGAACACAACGUAAGGAAACUAAAAGAUCAAUUCAUUUCAAAG